AUGUACGAAUCAUAUAGACCGCAUCCCUUUCUGGCCCAGGUCCCUUUGACCGUCUCCCCGUUUAUCAAUCUGCCCUCCGCGAUUACACUUCCCUAUACAUACAAAUCUGUCCCCUCCACGCUACCACCCUCCGUCACAGGCGAUCCCGGGAAUCCCGAUACUAAACCCCGUUACAUCGUAUCAGCGAGUGGUGAGCAUGCCGCGCAUCCAGACGAGAUUCUAGCUGCUUGUCAGUCGCUCGAGCAACAUCUAAGAAAGACUCGGAGUGACGCAGACGACGCCAUCAAGCAAUGGGAAGAGUCUAUUCGCCAACGGGAUCUUGCUGAGAAAAGACGAGUUGCUCCGGGGUGGCUGGAUCGGGAAGAGAAGAUACUUCAACCGAGUAGAGCCAGUUUCGCUUCGCCGUCUGCGGGUGGGGCUGAACAGAGUCUGCUAGACAGCACGCCUGCUGAUCAGGGUGCUGCCACUCUUCCAUCGAUGAAGCCACGCGAUGAGGGCAAGGAGCUAGACCAAGCGUUUGGCAGAAUGGGCGUGAAAUGA